AUGGUUUGAGAAAAAAAAAGAAAGAAAUACUGUUUCGCAGCAUUAAAAAAUUUUAUUUAUUUAUUUAUAUUUAAGAUGGGAGGAUGCAUAGCUUCAAAAUCGAAAGCAUCAAAGACAAUGCCAGAAAUAAAAGAUAAAAAUUCAGACGAUUCUCAACGGAUUAUGGCCCCUAGAGCACCAACGAUCUCAGUAACUGCUGAAAAUGAACACCAAGCUCUGCCGCAUUCAUUAAGAAAAUUUUCCCUGUUUGUUGUUGGUGAAGAAGCUUCAGCUCUAGAAGACUCAGCCUUGCCCCCUUCAGCUGCUGGAAACUUCCAAUCAAAUCUACUCAGACAGUCACUCCAAACUAAUCCAAGGACGUCUAUCGCUUAA